AUGCCAAGUACUUCUAGUCAGUUUCCUGGUUCAUUACCGCACGUGACACAACCAUUGAUUCCAGCUUGUCCAAAUCAAAUGCCUCACCCUCAAAUUCUAUCCCCAGAUUCUACAAUACUAAAUGUUAACUCCGAGAAUAACAUCUGUCCUAACGAAUCAAGACCAGUGGAAUGUCGUCUCGGCGAUUCACCUGAUACCUCUUUCGACUGCAGACUCAGUCAGUACACAUUUCCUGAAUCGAGUGCACUGUUAGAGAUACCUUUACCUUCAUAUCACAUAGACGAUUCUGAUUCCCCCAACAAGAGUAUAGAUCUGGGCAGUCCAUCGCACCAAUUGUCAGAUGAUUUUGACAACAAAGAUUGGCGAGCAAAUGAUGUUGACUUUGGUCCAUGCAAAGAAGAGUUUGGUGACUCAGUUUCCUUAGCUUUCGAUUCCAGUUCCGGUACUCCAUCCAGAAUUGAUGACAGCCUUUUCGACCCAGCAUAUGAUGCUGGUGAUCUAAUGCAUCACUUCACUAUGGAUAAACAUCCAGGUCUCCAGCUCACCAUAAGCCCAUAG